GUUUUCAACAACGUGUUUGUAAGGCGUGUCACAAAUAUGGAACAACGUAAUAUUGAACAGCGGUACGCGAUUAAAUUUUGCGUUAAACUCGGCGAUUCCGUUAUGGAAACGUACGAUAAAUUGGUGAAAGUGUUCGGUGAUGAAGCCCUGAGUCGUGCUCAGGUGUUUCGAUGGCAUAACAAUUUUAAAAAUGGUCGUGAAAACGUCGAGGAUGAACCGCGAAGUGGGAGACCGGUUGAAGCUCGAACUGACAACAAUGUUCAGCGUGUGCGCACUCUCGUGCAUCAAGAUCGGCGUUUAACCGUUCGAAUGUUGGCUGAUGAACUUAAUUUGAAACGANCUGGUGAUGAAAGUUGGUAUUUUCAGUACGAUUCCGAAACAAAACAACAAAGUCAACAGUGGCUGUCUCCUGGUGCAGCCAGACUGAAGAAGGCGAGAAUGGGCAAAUCAAAAGUGAAAACGAUGAUGAUUUGUUUCUUUGACAGCAAAGGGAUCGUGCACAAAGAGUUCGUACCACCUGGGCAGACCGUCAACCAACAUUUUUACCUGAAAGUACUCGAUCGGCUGCAAAAACGAGUCAUUAGAGUCCGUCCAGAGAUUGCCAAAACGUGGAUCCUUCAUCAUGACAAUGCUCCAUGCCAUCGUGCCUUCAGUGUGUCGCAAUUUUUGACCUCUAAGAACAUCGCAGUGUUGCCACAAGCGCCCUAUUCGCCGGAUAUGUCACCCUGUGACUUCUUUUUGUUCCCUCAAAUAAAAUUGGCCGUGAAAGGAACGCAUUUUGAGUACAUAACUGACAUCCAGAACGCCGUGACGAGGGUACUUCAGGACAUUCCAGUCGAAGCCUUCCAGAAAUGUUAUGAGAGCUGGAAAAAACGUUGGAACCAGUGUAUAGGGGUGGGAGGAGAGUACUUUGAAGGGGAUCACAUCGAUGUAUCUUAA